AGCUGUAGUUUAACCUCUUUGGACCUGUGUACGGUUUUCUGCAAACCAUGUGUGAUUGUUUGAGCGUGUUUGAGCAGCCUUGAUAGAGCUCCUUUAUCAGUCUGCGUUCCCAUUUAUACGGGAAAAGUCUGGAAUGCAACAGCAGAAUCCACAGAGAACAGUCACAACUGUGUUCAGAAGACUGACAGUGAACACUUUCUCUUGACAGGAGGUGGGGAGUGGCUGUGCAAGUUCAAUUACUUCUGUUCUGUUGGCCUCUGAAGCUGGACAUGUUUGCCAUCACUGCCACAACACUCCGGCGAGAAGCUUGGAGAUACAGCCAGUGCACCAUGGCAACUGUUGUCUCCGGCAACAAGACCUCACAACAGGUGAGGGAGCGACUCAAGAAGGAGGUAGCAGAGAUGAGCAGUCAGUUCCCAGGCUUCAGGCCCGGCCUGGUUGUUCUGCAGGUCGGAGACCGAGAUGAUUCGAACCUUUACAUCAGCAUGAAGCUUAAGGCAGCGGCUGAGAUUGGAAUCAAUGCGAGCCACAUUAGACUUCCCAAGACAGCCACAGAAGAUGAAGUUUUACGUAGCAUUAUUACAGUCAAUGAAAACCAUGCAGUCCAUGGUUUCAUUGUACAACUGCCCCUUGAUUCUGUCAACCCGAUAGACACUGAAAAGGUGACCAAUGCUGUGGCCCCAGAGAAAGAUGUCGAUGGGCUGACCAGUAUAAAUGCAGGGAAGCUGGCUCGAGGAGACCUGAGGAACUGUUUCAUCCCAUGUACACCUAAUGGGUGUUUGGAGCUCAUCAGUCAGACCGGCGUGAGUGUAUCUGGGAAGAAUGCUGUGGUGAUUGGGCGCAGUAAGAUUGUUGGAGCGCCAAUGCAUGAUCUGCUCCUAUGGAAUCACGCUACAGUGACCACCUGUCAUUCAAAGACUCAUGACCUUGCCGAACAGGUGGGCAGAGCUGACAUAUUGGUUGUGGGUGCUGGCAAAGCUGAGAUGGUGAAAGGAGAGUGGGUGAAGGAGGGGGCCGUGGUCAUAGACUGUGGUAUCAAUCAUAUAUCAGACAGCAGUAAACCCAGUGGGAAGCGUGUAGUCGGGGACGUGCACUAUCCCUCAGCUGUACAGCGAGCUGGGUACAUAACCCCAGUGCCUGGUGGAGUCGGACCAAUGACUGUAGCCAUGCUGAUGAAGAAUACAGUUCAAAGUGCACAGCGGUUUCUGCAGACAUACAAGCCAGGGAAGUGGAACAUUGUCUACACAAGAAUGAAACCUCAAAUGCCACAUCCAAGUGACUUUGCAAUCUCCCAUUCAUGCCCGAUCAAACCAAUUACCCAGCUUGCUAGAGAGGUGGGCCUGUUUUCCGAAGAAGUGGAGCCAUAUGGCAGGAGCAGGGCUAAGAUACAACUGGGCACUCUGAAACGCAUGAAGAACCAGCCUGAUGGAAAAUAUGUGGUUGUCACUGGCAUUACUCCUUCUCCAGUGGGCGAGGGAAAGCGCACCAUUGCUCUUGGUUUGGCUCAGGCCUUAGGGGCCCAUCUGAGUAUCAACUCUUUUGCCUGUGUGCGAGAACCUGCUCCUGGAUCCUGUUUUUGGGCUAAAGAUGGAGGUCUUGCUGUUGGAGGUGGAUAUUCUCAAGUGAUUCCUUUGGAAGAGGUCAGCCUUCAACCUACAGGCCAAAAUGAGGUCAUCUGUACUGCCAGUAGACUGGUGAUGGACGCGAUAAAAGCGCAUGUUCAUUAUGAGUCAAAGCUUUGUGAGAAGUCUUUGUUUGAUUUAAUGGUUCCUCUCAGAAGAGGUGAAAGGUCAGUCUCUCCAGCCCAGGUUAAUCGACUGAAGAAACUGGGUAUUGAGAAGUCUGAUCCCUUGACCUUCACAGAGACCGAAAUAAAAGAAUUUCUCAGACUGGACAUUGACACAGAGACUGCAAUAGACUCUGGAUUUUUGGAAAAUGAGAUGAUGGCUAUACUGUCACUAAGCAGCAGUGAGGAUGAUCUGCAGCGAAGGCUUGCUAGGAUUGUAGUGGCUACAAACAAAUCUGGCGAUCCUGUCACCACAGAGGAUUUGGAUGUCAGCGGUGCAGUGGCCAUGCUCUUGAAAGAUGCACUAAAGCCUGUCCUAAUGCAAACCGUGGAGGGUACACCGGUAUUUGUUCACACCAGCCCAUUAGCUGACAUUGCUCAAGGCUGUACUUCCAUCCUGGCAGACAAGAUGGCCCUAAAAUUGGUUGGAUCUGAAGGAUUUGUUGUCAGCGAGUCUGCUCAUGGGGCCGAUGUGGGCUUGGAGAAAUUCUUCAACAUUAAAUGCCGCUACUCAGGCCUGCAGCCAGAUGUGGUGGUGAUGGUGGCUACUGUUCGUACCUUGAGGAUGCAUGGUGGUGCUGCUCCAGUCCGGGUAGGCUGGUCCCUUCCAAAGGAGUACUCACAAGAGAACCUCAAACAGGUGGAACAAGGCUGUUAUCACCUGAGGAAACAAGUGGAGAAUGCAAAAGCCUUUGGCUUGCCAGUUAUAGUAGCUGUUAACACAUUCAGGGGUGAUACUGAUGCUGAGCUGGAGCUGGUGUGUAGCCAGGCGAAGCAAGCUGGUGCCUUUGAUGCAGUACUGUGCACAAACUGGUCUAAGGGUGGCGCUGGAGCGCUGAAUCUGGCCGAAGCUGUUCGGAGAGCAGCAAAACUGCCCGGACGGUUUAAGUUCCUCUACGAACCACAGAUUCCAGCUGCUGAUAAGUUAAGGUCUGUGGCAAAGCAGAUGUAUGGAGCUAAAGACAUAGACUUUUCACCAAAAGCCAAGGAGAAGCUUGAGCUUUACACAAAACAGGGUUUUGGGAAUUUGCCAGUCUGCAUAGCUAAGACACACCUGUCCCUGAGUAAUGACCCUGAGCUGAAAGGAGUGCCAACAGACUUCAUCCUGCCCAUUACAGAUGUCAAAGCCAAUGAUGGAGCUGGUUUCCUUUGCUGUCUGACUGACUCGACAAAUACAGAAAUGGUUGAUCCCGUGUGGCCCGGUUUCCAUGGCAACAACCUUUUACAGUGACUGCAAGUGCCUCAAUGAUGAUCUAAAGUAUGAUAAGUUUACAGUAAUUAAUGAUCAAUUCAACUUUUAAUACUUUUAACUUUUAAUUGAAGGUAUAUCCUUUUUAAUAUUGAGAAAUUAUUGAAACUCAUUAUGAUAACUUAUUAGUAUAAUACAGUGAAAAAUCAUCAAACUGGUCAUGGCAUUACCAAUUUCAGAUAUGGUCACUCCUGCAUUAAAACACUGUGAUUCUUGAACUGUAAGAUAUUGUUCACCAUAGAUUUUUAGUCAAGCAACAUGCAAUACUGUGCAAAAGUAUUUAUAAUAUAAGUAGGACACCAUGCCACUGUUAAAUUGUUAUUUUUGCAAUGGGAUUGUGAUAUAUAUAUCACAGAGAAAAUACAAAAAUGUAAUCUCAUGACCUUAGGACUCCUCAAAAGUGUUCCAAAUGUGGUUAGUGCCAAGGGAGGUCACAUUAAAAAAAGACUUUUGCUGGAACAAGACAUUUUGUUCUGAAAAUAUGGGCUUUUUUAUAGGGGUGCGCACCGAUAUAUCGCCUGAUGAUGCUUGCUAUGCUUCUCAAUGAAUUAUGGUGAAAUGCCACUACAUCCAAAAGCCAGAGGGCGCUCUCGUGCAGAAACUCAGUAUGAGAACCAUACAUACGCAGCUAUGACACGCAGCUCCAGGAAAUGGCUUAAGGAUAUAUUUAUAUUGCUCUAACCUUUAAAGGGAUUUUCGUGAUAAUAAAGAAUAUGUAUAAUGAUUAUGUUUGACUAGUUUUGCUUUUUCAAAUGCACCACUCAAACUAACAGUGAUUUCAGAUCGAUAAGCACUUACUGAUCAAAAAUAGCCGUGAAUUCAGAAUUAGUGUAUAUCGGUAUUUAUCGGUGCACCCCUACUUUUUUUACAAUUUGUGCACAUAUUUCCCAUGUUUGUUUCUUGGUAAAGAGAAUGAAAAAUAAAUAUGGAUGGUCAUUAAAAUUUAGCUGUUGGAGGCCUAAGACUUUUGCACAGUACUGUAGAUCAUCUGACAAGACCAAAAUGUCUGUGUGUUUCUUAUCAGCAUGUUUACUUAUUCAAUUAAGUUGGUAUUAAGAUUGCUACCAUUUAUCUUGAAUUGAGUGUAACAUCUGCCAUGGCAUAUUCAUGUUUGUCAGUAUUUUUGAAAGGUGCAUUUGAUUUUAAAGACCAUGUGACACAUUGAUUUUAUUUGAUGGCUUAGUCUCUCUCUCUCUCUCUCUCUCUCUCUCUCUCUCUCUCUGGUUUUCUCUCUCUGCCUCAGUCAAAUGAAAUAUUAGCUUAACCUUUCAUUUUUCCCCAGACGUUGCUGCUUCCUAUAGAUACAAAACUGAUUGUAAGCUAUAAUUAGAUAAUUUAUUUUUGUCUAGUUUAUUUUUAACCUAAUUACUUUGAGAAACAUUAUGCUCAGCAGCCAAUGCUCUUGUCCUGUAGACAGUGUUCACUUUCAAUAGUCUAAAAGUGUCCUUUCCAGACAUCUGGAGCUGUGAGUAACAAUGUAGAUGUGGCGCGAGAUGGUGCCAGGGGGCCCCAGUUUUAUGACAUUUUUAUAAAAUACAUUGCUUUAUCACAGAUUCUUUGUGAUCGAACCUCAAAAAAUUAUAGCUAACCAUCAGCACUACAUUGUAUUAUGUAAUAUGUUUUGUUUAAUUCAAUUCAGGAUUUUAAGUGUUUUAUUAAUCAAAAUCAAUGUCUUUAUUCAUAAAUAUCUCCUCAUUGGUGUCAAAGGACCUCUGCCAAUGAUCUAACUUUUCUUUGUAAGCUUAGAAUUUCUUCUCUUUACUUACAUUAAACGAGUAAGUCCAAGGAGGCUUCCAUGUCGUUGCGCCGUAUUGAUAAACUGUAAUAGCGGAGAGGGACAAAAAGCACUAACCUUCCAACACGUUUCCACAACGCCUUUUCGUUCAGAACUUGUGAAUCAGCUGAAACGGACAAGGAGAUCAGUGAGUACAUAACGGCUACCGUAGUGCAACACGCAUUUGAAAAAGCGAGGCGCUAGAGAGCACUAUUCGUUUAAAUGCAAAAUACAAUUUCACCACUAGAUGGGGGUAAAUCCUACUUCCGGUCCCUUUAAUUCCGAAAUUUGUUUUAUGCCAUGAAUUUUUUUGGGGGGGCACAAAGGGUGGCACACUCCUGAAAAGUUUGAAAUCGACUGGGUUAAGGUUAGGAGCCAAUGUGUAACAAAGAUGUAAAACUCAGUCUUUCACUUAUGACAGCUACAGUAUUUAAAAAACGAGUCUUUAAACAACUAUUUUUUUUUAAACAAGUUUCAGAUUUUUUUUUACCAGAAACAUUGUUUAUGCACUUUUCCUAUAUAGACCCAGACAAAUAAAUGUGUCAAUAACAGUGUUAGGUAAAAUGAUUUCUUUUCAAUAUAGGCUAUUUUUAAACCAAAAUUUGUAACAUGUUUGCCUGUACAAAAUGUGUUUUGCACUUAUAUUUUUUUUAUUAAAAUCAGCUUGGAUUUGCAAGUCAUUUUACAGUGUUACAUCAUGCAUGCCUAGGAACUUGUUUGAUUAUUGUCUGCAUGCUGAGUUUUGUUUUGUUGGAAAACAACUAUUUGUUUUUGUUUUCUUUAACUAUAAGCCUAUGAAUUUGACAAAACUAAUUGCAAUUGGUGCCUCUUAGAAAUGUAGUAAGACUAUUUUGCAAUAAACUGUAGAUGUGCAAAUGUGUGAGUAUGGCUAUGAAGUGCAUUUUGAUUGUAAAUCUUUAUUAUAAUUUUUUUUUGAAACUCCCACUUGUAUGUAGGCCUAACUGUUUAAAAAUCACUUGUAUCUAAGUUUUGAAGAAAAAUUCAAGAAUAAAACAAUUGUCUCAUUUAACACA